AUGAAAUUCUAUCUUCUCCUCCUCAUCCCCGUCUUUUGCCACGCAAUCGAUAAACUUUCGGAAGAUGAAGCUCGCGCAGUUGCGCUAAGUCUCAUCGAAGAUAAUUUUCUGAUUCCGCUAGAUCAGUUCGAACUUUCGACACUCAACCGAAUCCCAUUCUACUAUAGUUUCUGCAAUGAAACUGGCAGAUAUUUGGAUGAAGUGGAGCUUUUCGAAAUGAUUUUGAAGGAUCGAAAAUCAUUGGAAGAUCAAUAUAAUAAGCCGGGAAGCUUGUUGCUUGACGAGAUUCUGAGACAUCGCGAUGAUUCGAUUCGUCACAGAAUCAUGAAUCGAGAUCUAGAUGAGCAUAUCAGGUUCAGUGAGGAGCAAUUGACUAGACUUCGAGAGAUAAUUAGGGAAAUUUACUUUGAUGAUGAUAGCCUCAAUUUCCAUGCGCUCACACAUUUUGGGAAUAAUCCUGUGAUUUAUCAAGUGGUUCAUGAGAUGGGGCGGUUUUUGUUGGCUUCGGAAGUUUGGGUGGAUUGUGCUGCUCUAUGA